CGAUGCAGACCAGCAAUAUGUUGUUGGAGUGUUGAUAAACUACAUGAGCGAGAAAGAGUAGAGUGUAGGAAAAUUGGUCUGGGUAUGGGUGAAUUGCAAGAUCCAUUUCAAUUCGUCAAUGAAGCAUCGGGAACUGGUAAUGUAGGGCAAGAAAAGGUUCAGGGAAAUGAUGCAGGAGAUGUAAGGUGUAAGGGAAAUCAUGGAGAUGAUAUUUUUAGUGGAAGUGGGGAAAGUGUUGAGACAACUGUUAAAACAAUAAAGGAGAUGUACGACAUGAUAUUGCAGCAAAAGAAAGUGUUGGAAGACAAAAUAAAUGAUGCUGUCAAGAAAUAUCCUGAUAAUCAGUUGGUCAAAGAAUGGAAAAACAAAGUAAAUCAUUUGUUUACUGAAGUUUCUGCAUCAGAGGAACCAGAACAGUCUCAAUGGUGGUAUGAUAACGAGGCUGAAAUUGAACGUACGUUGAUUCUAGCUACAACUAACAAACAGUUUGACAACUCCCCGAUAGCAAAAUGUAGUAUUCAAAUGUCACAGGAAUAUGCAGAUUUCGCGAAUAGAUCUGGAACAAAAUCUUUUAAGAAUACACCACCAUCUAAAAUGGAAAUGCCAAUUCCUUUGUCUAUAGUACCAUUCAACAAAGAUGAACAUUGGGUUAGUAGAAGAGGGUACAGGCCUCGCAUGAAAUCCGAAUAUCUGAAAUCUCCUUACGUUAUACGGGCUGUUGAUAUCAUCAAAGGAGUUCCACGGCAGGAAAAACGUGUAACAGAAUGGAUAUUCUCUCUCCAGGGAGAUCCAAAUGAUAUAGUUUUCCACACUCUGGAUGGGUUUUCUGCUCAGAGGUUUCAUAUGGAAAGUUUCUUUCCAACAUGUGAACUAUUUGGCCAUGUCAUUGAUUGUUGGAGUCAAGUGUUGAAUCUUGAUGAAAGUAAGUGUGCACCUGAAUCGCCCCUGAGAGUUUAUUGCAAGACAGACGUGACGAAUUCGUAUCUAGAAAGUGGUUUAACAGAAAGUCAACGUAAAGAUAAAUUCAUUGAGAAUUUGGUGCUUUCUGUUGAAGAUAUGGACGCAAGCCUACGUUUUGUUGGACUGCUUUUCCUACCAAUCAUCCGUUCCUUCCACAUUUUCCUUUUUGUGAUCAAUCUACAACAACCAGAGUUUGUAAUCGUUGACAACAGCAAAGUUGAUGAUCCUGAUGGUGAGAGAUAUGGUCAGUUGCCCCAAAUCAUUAAAGAGUACAUAGUUGAUUACUUAAAAUCUCAGAAUCAUCCAAAAGCUGAGAUGUUUUCACAUGUGAUGCCACAUAGACUGGAAAUGCCUUGGAGAACAAUAAACAACAGCAUUGAUUGUGGUGUGUUUACGAUGCGUCACAUGGAAACAUAUAUGGGUGGAGGUAUGAAUGAGUUUAAAGCUGGAUUCAAGAACGAGUCUUCUGCACAAGAUGAUCAACUUGUUAAACUGAGGACAAAGUAUUUAUACAAAAUCCUCACUCAUGAAUAUAAUGUUCAAAAUGAUUAUGUGCUGCAAAAGGUUGAUGAAUUCCACAAGAUUCCUUCAAAACAACGUUCUCAAAUGUUGGCCAUUGCAAAGGAAGAAAUUCACAGGAGAUUGGAUGUUUUAAGUUAGUUGUUUUAAAAAAGUUAUUUUAGUUAUGACUUUAAUGGUUUCUUUUGGAUGGAUUAAAAACAAUGCUUUUGUAUGCUAAGGAUGUUAACUUGGGUUGCUGAACGUACAAUACUUACUUUUGGUUUGCUAAUUUUAGUAAUGGACUAGUGAUAUUUUAGUA